AUGAAGCGUGAAUACCUUCCCAUUGAGACACUUUCUGCUUGGACAAGGCUCAAUGGCAUCUCCGUCGAUGGGGUCACUUUCCGCAAGGUGCGAACCGAAGAUGGCAUAGACAAGGGAUGCGCGAUAGUAGCGACAGGAGAGAAGAGCAAUGAGAGCUCAGAGACCGGAGAAGUAGAUACAGAGACUCUCCUUCGAGUUCCCUCCGACUUGAUUCUGUCGCUUAGGUUGGUUGAAACUCAUGCCAAGUCUGAUCGGUAUCUGCGUGAGGUACUAGACGCCGUCGGCGAUUUCGGAAGAAAAUUGGUGUUGAGGGUAUGGGCUGAUAUGAACAGACAGCUAGGGGUGCGAUUUUGA